AUGAUUGCUCCAAAGAUGACUAUAAUUCUCAUAGUUUCAGCAGAAUCAAUAGCUCUGACUCUUGAAAGAUUGAAUGUUUCACCGCACAGCAAUUUCUGGAAUGGAUAUGAGCAAAUGCAGGAGACAAAAGCUGAAUCUGCAGCAAUUUCUUGGCUAACAAUCAAAUCAGCAAUUGCGUUAUUAGUUUUAAGAUUAUUGUUCGCGAAUAUUGAAAAGAUGGAAUCAAAGAAUCCACGAACAAGGAACUGGAAAAAGCUGACUUUGAAAUUGGAAAUAAAAUUGCCAAUGCAUCCAGCGCCAUUUGGAGGGCUCUUGAUCACACAUAAAGGAAUGGAAAAGCAUGAAGAAUAA